GGGACGAACAGCUAUGGAAGAUAGCUCGGAAGCAGAGACCCUAGAAAACGCAUGGCUAGCAGAUGACGAUUUAGAGGAGAUUGAUAUGCUUAUGGGCUGCUCUCGCGGGCUAAUGAGCCUAAUUAGCAAGAUCUCAAAUCUCGCUACCGAGAAGUCUAAGAUGUCAAAAAGUCGACCUCUCUCGAUCUCAGAGCUCUCGUACUUCAACAAUGCUCGUAACAAUCUGGAGCUCGAGCUCCAAAGUGUCCAACAGACUCUCCCAUCGUAUGCGAAGGACCGAGACGACUUGCUGCGCGUUGCAGAAGUCAAGAGGUUGACUGCUCUUCUCUACCUGCGACAGCGCCUUGGGACUCCACGCAACUCAUCAAUCCUGAGCCCUGUAAGUGUGGGUCUAUUUGCUCGAUACCCCAUAGCCUUUAAUACGAAUACAACCCAAGCACCCCCCAGCCCAGGGCCGCUGGCCAUGGUCGAGUCUUCUACGCUUGCCUGGAAGGAGAAAUUGGUCACAGAUAUCAUUGCGAUAAUAUCGACUCUGCCUGACACAGCGACCCUUCUUUGGCCGCUCUUUGUCGUUGGCAGCGUUAAUAUUGAUAACGAGGAACAUCGCCGAUUUAUACUUGAGAGGCUGCAGAACAUUCAAAACUCUCGCAAUCUAGGCAAUAUCCGCCGGGCAAGACUGGCCGUAGAAUCUGCAUAUCGAGCCAGGGAUCUUGAUCAUCCUCGAGGAAACGACUGGGGACGUGAAGGGCGUGGGAUCAGUCUGGCAUGA